AUGCAGCUGUAUGUCUACAAGCAAAACAAAUCCUCCGGGAAAACUGGAUGGAAUAUUCUCCGCCACGAUAGCUGUGGUGCCAGGGAAACACCACUUGCAAAGGCUUGCUUCCCAUCUACAAUAAAGAUGGAGAUUGAGCACAUGUGGGAGAAAUCAAUAAGCACAGUAAGGAUAGUUGGAGUUUACAGACUCACAUCAUGGGCAUAUUCUUCCCCACUCAUUAGCUACAGGCAGUCGAAGGAAGCCUACAUAUUGUGCCUUACCGCCACUUCUAUCCCGAGCUUCCUCGAUCUUCACCCCUCUAUCGGGAAUUCAAAGCAGCAUCCAACCUCUUCUCACCGACAUCCUCCAUUUCUCGAUCCACUAUUGACGUUCUUACACUCACCCCUCCCUGGGGCGGGGAGCAACACAGGUUCAUCAUCGGGUAAUAGAUGCGGUUACUGCAAGACAUCCUUCGGAAGUUGCUCUUUCUACCUCAGGGCACAACAACUAUCCGUCCAUCAUUAUGAGCUACUUAUUAACCGUGGUUGGAGACGAAGCGGCUCUUUGCUGUACAAACCGCAUAUGAAGAUCACUUGCUGUCCUCAGUACACCAUCAGAUUAGAUACCCAUAGAUUCAAGCCUUCACGAGAUCAGCGCCAAUGCUUGCAUAAGUGGUCUCGAUAUAUUCUCGGGGAAGAAUAUAUACGAGAAGCGGCAAAACUGUUUCCCAAAUCCAAGGAAGAAAAGAAGAAACAAAAAAAUGAAUUCGACCUUAUUGAGAGCGUUCAUGCCCCUGAAUACUCUACAAUACAGCACCAAACACCUCCAGAGCCUGCGCACCGGCUAGAAAUUAAUCUCGAGGCAUCUGAAUUCUCGAAAGAAAAGUACGCGUUAUUUGAAGACUAUCAACGAAAUAUUCAUAAGGAAGAUACUUCAGAGAGCGGUUUCAGGCGGUUUUUGUGCGCGUCACCAUUGACGUAUCCUCGGAAUUCUGAUAAGAAGCUCGGCUCAUUUCAUCAAUGCUAUCGCGUUGAUGGACGGUUGGUAGCAAUGGCCGUAUUGGACUUAUUGCCAAACUCUGUGAGCGGUGUCUACUUCAUGUAUCACCAAGACUACGCCAAAUGGAGUUUCGGCAAGUUGAGUGCUUGUAGAGAAGCUGCUUUGGCGAAGGAAGGGGGUUACCGAUAUUACAAUAUGGGGUAUUACAUACAAUCUUGCCCAAAGAUGCUGUAUAAAAUGGAAUACAGUCCCUCUGAUCUUUUAGAUCCCGAGACAUACGAGUGGAAUCCUCUCAACGACGAUCUGAAAAAUCUCCUGAACAAAAGCAAAUAUGUUUGCCCAUCAGAGAUCAGAGCUAGAAUGCAUUCGGGUGACAAUGUAGUAGUAAAUGAUAAGGCAAAGGGGAUUGAAGAACCAGGAGAAGAAGAGAACGAAACAAACGAAGAGAAUGACGAGGUUCAAGACCCCGGUUAUGUUUUCAAGACCAAAAUGCCUGGUCUAUUGACGGAUCGCCAACUGAAGGAAUUUGAUGUUGGAAAUGUCAAUAUUGACGUUGCAGGCACCAGGGCACAAGCAAAGGAUCUGGUUGGGUUCGAAGACGAUACUGUUAUACACUCACUCCUAAAAGAGACUGUGGCUACAGUUGGAAUAGAAGUUGCAAAAGAGAUGAUCAUUACACUGGGAUAA